AUGAGUGAUACCAAUACAGCAACAACAACAGAUACAGAUACAGCUACAGCUACAGCUACAGCAACAACAGCUACAAUGACAACAAACACAACAACACCUCUGAACAAGUCAAGUUGCGAGAACUUGGGCGACAGGAUGAAGAUGUAUGAGACAUCGAUGAACACUUUGCACAUUGAGGGCAAUGUGCCAUUCGUCAUUAGACUCGAUGGCCAUGGAUUCAGCAAGUUCACACGCAAGUUUGUUAAGCCCUGGGACAUCCGUGUGCACAAUGCAAUGGUCGAGGCUGCCAAUGUGCUCAUGAAGGAGUUCAACCCAUCACUGAUCUAUUCAUUCAGUGAUGAGAUCACAAUGUGUUUCCCAGCACUCUCUGACGAGGAGUAUCAAGAGCGCAUCAAGGUCACCCAGGGCAAGACACUCGUGCCAUUCAGCGGCAAAGUUCAAAAGUUGAUCACUCUCUCUGCUGGUGCCGCGUCCACCUCUUUCUACAAGUCGCUGGCCGCACAACACUAUGAUACAGCCACUGAUGCUGAGCUCAUCCAACAUGUCACCACCAGUCUUCCACACUUUGAUGCCAGGAUCUUUGUGUUGCCAAGCAAUCAAGAGAUUCUUAACAACUUGAUUUGGAGAAGCGUAUUCGAUUGCAAGAGGAACUCUGUGUCUGGACUGGCGCAGGCUCACUUUCCUCACAAGAUGACUCAGGGCAAGGGUUCGGGUCAGAUGAAGGAGAUGCUUUUGACAAAGGGCAUCAACUAUGAUGAUGAGCCCGAUUGGUACAAGUAUGGAGUGUUCCUCAAGAGACAGUAUCAUACAUUCGAGUCGGUGUCUCCAGUGACCAAAGAGACUGUUCAAUCACAGAGGACCAGAUUCAGAAUGGAUUCAUUCAACAUCAAUUUACUGCCAACUGCAUUGGACUAUGUCACAAUCAAAACAUUGCCAGAGGACUUUACUCUUGUCACAAUCAAUCCAACAACA